AUGUCUUCAAUGGAUAAUAUGGCCAUGCAGAGAUGGCACCAGUCAACUCUGAGAACUGCCAAUAUUCCUCAAUCACAGGCUCCAUCGUGCCUCCACGCAAACGGCGAUGGCGAAGACAACCAGCUCCCUGAUAAUGAACGUCUCACAGAUAAUGCCCUUGAUGAGAACGAGAAUCAUCGAAUAGUUCAAGACUUCCUACCCAGAGUAUGCGGUCGAGGCAUGCGCGCUCUCUAUACUGCAUCAUGGACUCUCAAACUCGAACCAGAUUGA